AUGCACGGCAAGCCUGGUAUCCCAGGAUUACCUGGUCGCGACGGCCGUGAUGGACGCGACGGAGCUAAAGGCGAAAAGGGACGCCCGGGGAGCCCUGGACUCCAGGGGCCAACUGGUCCACCAGGUGAUAAAGGGGAUAGGGGAGAACCUGGUACUCACGGUUCACCCGGCCAAAGAAGAGAGCGAGGGGAGAGAGGCGAGCCUGGAAAGCCAGGGACGCUUCAACUUUCCUCAUGCAUGAAUUCGAACUGGAAAGAAUGUACAUGGAGAGCAGGGGACGGCAAGGACCAAGGUUUGAUCCAGGUGAUUAAUAACUCUUAUUUUAAAUUCAGAGAUAAUAGGUCAGAUAAUCAUGAUGAUGAGAUAGUCCAAGAUCAGAAAUGAUUUCUCAAAUAGAAUCAUUCGGAAUGUCUCUUUUGCUUAGUGUUCAGGAAUGCUUGUAUCAAACGAAAUAGAAAUAGGUAAUACUGAUUAAUAAGUAACUUCGAACAGUUCUCACCUCAAAGCUCACAGCAAUUGAUUGUGAGGAAGCCAUGAAGAAAUAACUUUGAAAUUUGUUGAAUCCGGCAAGGAGAAGAUCAGAAUUUUUUACAAAUAUAUAUUUCCUUUCUAAUCAUGUUUGGGGUUUGUUUAUACAUGUGUAUAUAUAUAUAUAUAUAUAUAAAUAUAUAUAUAUACCCGUUUUCAAAAACAUCGCAACAUUGAAAAUAUGUAUGGAAUAUAUGGAUAUAUCUUUUGUUUUAUUCUUAAAAAGUGUCCCUUUUUUAAAACGGGUAUAUAUAUAUAAAUAUAUAUAUAUAUAUAUGAGUGUGUGUGUGUGUGUGAAAGAAUCAAAGAGGACGCAUCGAUUCUCUGUUACCCUGAGUUUCGCGCCUAAGCGCUCGUCAGACAGAACAGUUCUGUCUGACGAGCGCUUAGGCGCGAAACCCAGAGUAACAGAGAAUCGAUGCGUCCUCUUUGAUUCUUUCACUUAUAUAUACUCAGCUCUGCUACCACAGCAUUGAGCACUUUAUGCCAAAGUAGACUCUACCCCCACAUUUAUAUAUAUAUAUAUAUAUGUAUGUACUGUCGCCUACUUUUUCGAACGCUUUCAUCAUAGAAAUUUACUUUGUUCCCACAGAAUUGUGAAUUUACGAAAAACUUUUCCGACACUUCCCUCCGUGUAUACUUUGCUGGUAAUCUAAGGAUUUAUAAGUGCAACCAGUACUAUAGCCGUUGGUAUUUCACCUUCAAUGGCGCCGAGUGCAGCUCCCCUGGCCCCAUCGAAGGCGCAGUCUAUAUGAAUCGCGGGCAGGACCAAGAUCUUCAUCGUCACCGCCAUAUUGAAGGCCACUAUAACAACAUUCAAAAGGGAAAAGUACGUGUGGGAUUCUGGGUUGGUGAUUGCAAAACGGGUCAUACACUUGCUGACACGUAUACUGGUUGGGCAACAGUGUCCCGUAUCUUCAUUCAGGAGGUGCCAAAGGCUCAACAGUAAUAUUUUGCUGUCGUUAAACGUGUCCCAGAUCGAAAAAGCCAAAAAUAGAGAAGGCUACUGAUUGGAGAAAACUGUAUGCAUGAAGUUUCUCAGAAAGAAAUAUUGUCUUAAAGAAUCUUUACAUUUGUAUCGAGGAAUAAAGUACAGGGACGUCAACCUGUUAAGACUUGUGUUGAUUGCGUUGGGGUUCAGAAAACGUUGAAAGGUCUAAAUAUACUAUAAUUCAAUCAAAACUCAUACUUUGGCAAAACAGCGAUUAUCUCAGUUUUUCUUUCACUGUUACUUGACGAUCAAGUCGGAGAAAGUUUUUGUAGCUUAGUGGAAUACAAGUUAUACCGACGAUUAUGUUCGCUAGUCCUUAUUUUGUUUUCACACCGAGUGAUUCUCGUUAGAUUUCAACUCAAAUACCUCAACGUAACCUGUGCUCUAUAAAUCGUUGAGUAUAAACUGAAACAAAUCAGUUCGAAUCUUGAACACAGAUUCUGGUUAUUAAAACCAACAAUGAAACAUAGUUUGCCUUAAUUUUUAUUUUCCGUGUUAUAAGCUAGUUACCGGGCGUGAGGUUGGUGAGGCCGGCAAAAAACUGUACCCGAGGUCUUGAUAUGCAGAUAUCAACUUGUAUGUAGGUAUAAGUAUAAGGCUAAGCUGCGAGCACUGCGAGCUCCGCUAUGAGAUUGCAGUGACUAAGAAACCAGAGUGAGGAAAAUGCAUAAAAGAAGGUGAAAAGUUAAAACUUCUUUCGAUGCUACAUACUGUUUUUUGUUCGUUUGUUUUUUAUUUGUUAAACGUGAUCCUUCAUAUCGGCAUAUUUCCAACGACCUGACCGAGAGGUUUAAUAAAAUUACAAAAAAUCAUUUUCUAUAAUCAUACUCAGAGAGGAGAAUGAUGUAUUCAUCAGGUUGUUAUUUCACUUCUCUGGUUAAGAAUGUGCAUAGAUCUUUGCUUUCCUCUCUUUAGUCGUGCCAUGAUCAUUUUCGAAUGAAAAAAUUUAGGCUGGCUAUGACAACAAGCAGACACAAUUGCUGGACUGAUAAUUCAUGAAAAUAGCCCAUUCCCUCCAUUCACUGGUCAGUAGCCAAACUCAUCCAUCUUUAAUCCGUACGUGCAUAGAAUUCCGUCACCUCAUGACCUCUACAAUCAAGUUAGCAAACACGUUGUUGGAAAAUGCAAACAAAGUAUCAAGAACCACUUAGUUCCUAUUCAGUUGCUGUGAGAAAUAAACAUUUAAAAACAUGGCAGCUGCUACGCUGUAGCAAAUGCUAUUUACUCCAGCGAAAACGAAGGCUGCAGAAUACACGUCACAGACUGCAAUAGAAGUAAAUCAGAUUGCUAAGACCUCGUGCGGCGAAUCACUGACUAAAACAUUGACGGUACAUAUCGGGAAGUUUAUUGAUGAGGGUGUUUAACGAAGGGCUUUGAUACCACUAUUGUGAAUUGUAUAAUCAGUUCUCACCGAUUUUAAAAUUGCAUUGAAGAGUGCUAAGCAACACUUAUAGAUUCAAAAUGGAAUUGACAUUCAGUAUCGCUAACGUAACAAAUUACCUCGGGAGUUAUCCGGUAUUUGUAUAAUAAUCUAUUAAUGUGGCCCAAUUAGCAGAUAAACACUAAAACCUGGAUAAAUCUUUCACAAAUAUUUAUCAAAACACGGAUACACCGAAAAAUAGCAUCGUUCAUGAUAUUUUCACACAUAGUUAUAAAAAAUCCCACUCUGACAGGUCACACGUAUAUCUAUCUAAUGGUGUAAACUGGAAAUCUAAAGGCUAUUAAUGGAUUGAUUUGUACCGUGCCUUGUUCUUCCAGCUGCACUGAUUCGCACGCUCAAAGUGAUUCACGUUCACAAAAGGAGUUACUGAAGCAGCCUCUCUAACAGUUAUUCCAAAUCAAACUAUUCAAUUCGUAAGAUUUUCUCCAAUUAAUUACAGCCACCUUAAAUAACCUGCCCUGUUUAUUGCAUUUUUGCAGCAUUUUUUGCCUCUCUAAAAUUCUGUCAAAGAAGGUAUUUAGAACCAGACUAUUUCGCGUUUCUUUGUUUUAAGUUCAUCCCACGAGUCUGUUAGUCUUGUCUAUAUUUCGAAGAUCUUUUAGUCUAACGUUACAAAAGUAUUGAAAAUUCAAAGCUGAAACCAAUUCCCGAAAUUUCCCCUUUGUCUAUGAUCAGUAUCAUAAAAAGCGACUUAUGUGAUGUGCAUGCGGCCCUUAUUAACCUUUUGAUGAAAUCAAUAGAAGCAGUCAGAUCAUCAGGUUAUUCACGGAGGCGUUUUGCUGUCUAAGUUUCAUGAAAACUAAAUGUACCAGGUACCUCUUCUAGCUUUCGUGAAUUUAGCUAAGGAACAACUAGGUGAACUCUUUAUAAGAAUGUUUUAAUCUGCUUAAAACAUUAUUAAAAGAUAGCGAAAAAUUGAUCCAGAUUGCCGAGAGCUUACCACGCUUACGUGGACUCCGUUAAAAUGAUUGUGUUAUUGACAGUAUCUGACACACGUUGAGUGAGUGUUCACGGGAUUUGAUUCAUAUGGAACGGAUCUCACUCGGACGUGGCUGCAUCUCAAGGUUAAAUACACUGAGAAAACAAGCCAAUGCAAACACAAAAGCCUAGAUGACACAAAUUAUCUUCAACAUUAUAUCGGAUGAAUCUACAGCUGUAUAAACCACUCUGAAGGUAUAACAAGAGUUGCGAGCCAAACAUUUCGUUCACUUUCGACCAACAGGCAGGUAUUGAGUGCACCUUUAGGUUCUCGUUAGCCUUUGUCUUCAACUUACAGUUCGUAAUGUUUUGAUUCAAUUUUGCAGUGUUGUGUUUAUGCCAUUUGACCUGACUUCACCCAGUAACCUGAGUUAUUCCGUGUAGGUAAGUUAUUCGGGUAUAUACCUUCUGUGGUGUUUUUUUUUUGGCAAUACUUUUUCUUCAACUUACAGAAAUACUUUGGCUGAAAAACCCUUGUCUUGAUCUCUUUGAAAACGAGUCCAAAUUUUCAAGGAGAACCUAGGAGACAAAAACGAAACUCAAUGGCAAUAAAGACAGUUUUUUCCAGUGUUGAUUCAACGAUACAUUUCCUCUUAUAUUUCAGUUCAAAAGAUCUCAAUGCCGAGAUUCCGUAACAAGACCUCAUCAGCCAUCAUGAAAUGUUUGAUGACCUUAAUACUGAUCGCUUUGGGCUCUGCUUUUAACGUGAGUUGAAAAUAAUUAGGAUUGCAGUCAACCACUGGACAUUUAUCCAUCGGGUGAUAAUUGAUAAAUGUUAAUCUUCUCUGACUCUGAGUUUUUAUUAAAAGUGGUAAAUAAGUUCUGAAGGUAGAAGACGAGAGGUGGCAUAUUUUUGUAGCAUUCCCAUUCCCAUCUUUUACAAAACAGCUAUAUUACGUAAAAUCACAUUUCUUAAUUUAAAGUUGCACACAGAAGAGUGACAAAAGCUAUAAUUAUUAUAGCGAAAAAAGAAGUUGGUCAGUGGUUUGUUCAAGGGAAACAUGCCUUUUGCUCUUUCUGAAUGGAGAGUGAUUGAAAAAGAUAUUGUAUGCAUUGACAAGUUCUUGACGCUCCCUUUGCUUUUCGAAUUCUCUCUUGUUGUUGAUAAACCGACAUUCAACGAGCCGAAAAAAACAAAAGACUCAUCCAAAUUUCUCAACAGAGCACCCAAACCAUGACACACUGUGGAUGUUCUGGUUGUAGUUGCAUGCCAGGAAUCCCAGGCAUUCCGGGAAGUCCCGGACCUGCGGGAGCAACAGGAUCUCCAGGAGCGCCCGGGCCUGAAGGAACCGCGGGACCUAAAGGUAACCCUGGUAAACUGGGAGUCAGGGACCUCAAGGACCACCUGGUCCUCAAGGCCCAAAGGGUGACGAGGGCGAACAAGGGAUUCAAGGCCCCCAAGGCCCCCAAGGCCCCCAAGGCCUUCCAGGGUCAAUCGGACGUAACUGGAAGCAGUGCGUGUUCAACGGCCUCAGUGAUUCAAAGGACAUUGGUUUGAUAAAGGUAAGGAUUAAAUCAUAUUAACUGGCUGUAUUUUUAACCAAGACUUAUCACAGAAACGUUGCGACUGUGUGACGUCUUGAAAAAAGACAUGUAAGUAAAACUGGAAAUAAGCAAAAGGUUCAUUGACAGGGUAUCCACUUUGUGACUCUUCAUCUGUUACUAAUUCAAUAUGAGUAUCUAUGAUUAAAAUGUAGUACAUGUGUGUGUUUUUUUAAGGAAUCUCGAGAGAUUCGGUUGGUCUGUCCACCAGAUUGAGCGAGAAAAUAAUAUUUGGAAAGUUAAUGCGUCCGAGAAAUCUAAAUCAAAUCCAGAAAAAAUUGAAUAAGAUGGCCACGAGAACUGAAACAAUCAUAAUAUAUUAUGAGUAAAAUACAGUAACAGAAGUUUUUUGUAAGGAAUUCAUCGGUAUGCAUGCUUUAUCUUCUGCUUAAUUAGUCACGACUCCUUAUUCCUUUAGGAAUGUCGUUUCAAAAAGAAUCAUCCAAAACUGGCCUUCGUGUCUUCUGGAAUGGAGUUCUUCGCAUUACUAACUGCCACUCUUGCUGUAAGCGAUGGUAUUUUACUUUCAACCGAAGAGAGUGCGCGUUUCCGGCUAGAAUUGAUGGAGUGGUAUUCAUGUUAUAUGGAAAUCAGGGAAGGAAGAAUCUACUCCGUGUCCGACAUAUUGAGGGAGUGUGUGAAAAUAUCCCGGCGGGCAUCGUCUCCGUGGGAUUCUGGAUCGGAAAUUGCGCUUCUUAUGGGAGCUGUGAUGGGCACACUGGUUGGAACUCAGUGUCCCGCAUCUACAUAGAGGAGGUACCGCCUCCACAACCUUAA